AGUCUCGUCUCGCUAUUGUCAAUGUGAAGACACAUUCGUUUACAAAUGAAAUCGGACGAAGUAAAUUUUUAAGUGAUGGCAAUUAACUUCCCAGCUGCAGCGUUCCUGGCAGGAUUAAAGGUUCCAAGUCAAAUCAUGUAUUGUAUUUCACAAGAUAGUGGAGCACCAGUUGUAGUUUACAAAGACUCUCAGAAUAUUCAGCAACCAAUAAAUGUGCCACCAUGGUCAGGUGCAAUUCAGGAGUCAAAUUAUAAUCAACAGAAAGAUUUGCAUCCAACAACUAUUGCAACAAGUUUACCUUCGAAUUCAAUUCAAUCAGCAAUAAGACUGGAUGGCGGAAAUCAGAUUACUGUUACAUCGCAUUCUUCUGAGGCAUAUCCCAACCAAUCAACAUCUUAUUAUUCUCCACGUUCAAUUAUUCAAGCGCCUCCUGCUUACAUUCAUGUUCCUGGACAAGUAUACGCUAUUACAUCACAACAAUCAAGCAAAGAAAAAACAAAUCAAACGAUUGAAAACAAUGUCAACAUUCAGAACGAUUUUAAUGAGAACGAUAAUCGAAAUGGAAAUCAUUCUGAUGAUGUGAAAAACUUUUCAUGUUCAUUAUGCAAGAAAUCAUUUCGACUUAAAUCAACAUUGAUUCAGCACGAACGAAUCCAUCUUGAUUCCAGACCUUUUAUGUGCACAUUUGGCGACACAUGUCGUAAAACUUUUCGACAGAAAUCUCAUCUAAUACAACAUUCUCGAAUUCAUUACGAUAGCAAACCCUUUCCUUGCACAUUUCAAGGGUGUGGAAAAACUUUUAGACAACGUGCAAUUUUGUCACAACAUGAAAGAAUUCAUUGCGAUGCAUCUUCUCACUUGCUGUAUAAAAAUCUUGGUGAAAACGGAACACUUUGGCCACAUGAUCUUCCAUAUCCUAACGAAAUUCAAUCGAAGACUGGUGAAUUGAGUAGUAGUCCACAGAAAGAAUCAGUUUAUCCAGCAUUCACACAUUCAGUUUUUGGAAAUUUAACUGACAUCAACUAUCAAAAGACUGAAACAAAAUCAGAAAUAUCAGACCAACAAACAUCGAUACCACUUUAUGUUCGAUGUCCAAUCUGUCAAGUGUCGUACAAACAGAAAUCUACUCUUCUUCAGCACGGUUGUAUUCACAUCGAAUCAAGACCGUAUCCAUGUUUAUUCCUAAAAUGUGGCAAGAGAUUUCGACAACAAAGUCACUUAGCUCAACAUAUUCGCAUCCACAAAAAUGAAAAACCUUAUCGAUGUCCUUUUACGGAAUGUCACGGACGAUGCUUUAGGCAGAAAACAAUUUUAAAUCAACACAUUCGCAUUCACACAAACUCUAAACCAUAUCGGUGUAGUACGUGUGGUAAAGAUUUUCGACAACAAGCAAUUUUAUCACAACAUGAGAAAACUCAUCAAAGUCAUCGCCCUUUCUCAUGUCCGUUAUCUAAUUGCAAACGAAGAUUUAUUAAUGAACAUGAUCUCAAGAAGCACAUUGAAAGUCACAUGAAUCUAUCAAAACCUAAGAAGCAAUCAUCAUCAAGAUCAAAUCAAGAAGUGAAACCUGAAACAACUUACUUUCCACCAUACAUGCAACCUCCAACUCCUUUUAAUCAUCACAUCGUUCCAAACCAAAAUCCUAUGAUUCACACAUCGCAAAAUUCUUCAGUAUAAAUACAGGGAUUUAAUUUUAUACUAUAAACAUUAUGUAAAACAUUCAUUUCCUUAAGACAUGGUGCUAUGGAACAUAAAACUCAUUUCCUUAUUCGAUUCAAAUUUAAAAAUCUUUUUUUUAAUUAAUAAUUUUUAUGGCAAAAAGAAAACAAAAAGAAAAUCCAUGUUAAAAUUUAUCUUUAAAUAAAGU